UCCUGGGAUGAGACCGGACCCGCGCGUUGACCUGGAGUUGGCAGCCAUGGCCACUGGCCAGCACACGGCGCAGGCCUCGAAUUAACCCCUGGUGUUCUGCAGAGCCCCAGCCUCGGUAAGGAGCUCGUUGCCAUGGUUACAGUAAGGGCUGUUUGGGUGGACAAGGCUACUUUUGGGGGCGGGGUUAGAUGCGCUCAGAAGUCCAUACAUUCUAGGCGCAGAAGGCUCCGCCCUUGCUGUGACGUCACAGCUACCUGCAGCAGGAGGCCAGGAAUUUACUCGGCCACAGCGCCAUGACGUCAUCGGAGCGCGCCGAGGGAAAGAUGGCGGCGCUCUUCUCUCACUCCCGGUCGCUGUUUAUAACGGACGUUGGUCCUAUGCGGUUCUAUGUGCGGCCAGGACCCCUGAAACGGCAGCUGUCGCCGCUUAUCUGUCACGGCGGCGGGAUUGUGUGUCGUGUGCAGGAGCCCGGGGCCUUUCUCCUCUCAGAGCCCGGACAAGCUGAGGGGAUUCAGUACAUGGCCAGCACCUACAUCACCGACUGUGUGCGCAAGAACCAGAGACUGUCCCCCCGGAGCUACCGCCUGGCGAGGCGAGUGGGGGCCCCUGACAAGGAGCACCUGUGGGAGAGGAAGGGCCCUCCGGGGGCCACCCCUGCAUCAUGUGAGGAAAGCCCUACUGUAGGUGGCCCCAGGGAAGGAGAGCCCCACACAGCCCUGGAGAGUGAGCCUGCAGUAAAUGGGGCCGGUCUUGGUGUCAUCACCCCAGGGGCCCCUGCAUCAGAGGACCCCAGCUUCUCCACCACCGGGGCCCCUGCAUCACAAGACCACGGCCCCUCCACCACAGGGACCCCUGCAGCACGUGACCUCGGCACCUCCACCACAGGGGCCCCUGCAGCACGUGACCUCGGCGCCUCCACCACAGGGGCCCCUGCAGCACGUGACCUCGGCGCCUCCACCACAGGGGCCCCUGCAGCACGUGACCUCGGCGCCUCCACCACAGGGGCCCCUGCAGCACGUGACCUCGGCCCCUCCACCACAGGGGCCCCUGCAGCACGUGACCUCGGCCCCUCCACCACAGGGGCCCCUGCAGCACGUGACCUCGGCCCCUCCACCACAGGGGCCCCUGCAGCACGUGACCUCGGCCCCUCCACCACAGGGGCCCCUGUUCGUCAGGAUAAGCAGGUAGCAGAUGGUGGCGGAGAUAAAGCACAGAGAGCGGGAGACAAUGGAAGACGCAACGAAGUAAGAGUGGCCCUGCCCAAACGCAGAGUCGCUGUAGAAUCAGGAUGGAGGGGCCCGAUCAGGAGGCGCAUGUUUACCAGGGAGGAAGAUGUCGCCAUAUUCCAGUAUGUCCGGGAGAACGAGGCGCCCACGAGGCUGGUGACGGGCACCCUGCUGUGGAAGGAGCUGGAGCAGAAGGGGCUGCUGUGCAGGACGUGGCAGGCCAUGAAAACCCGCUACACCAGGUACAUCCUGCAGAACGCCCACUGCUACAACCUGCCCGCAACCAGCCAAACUGCCCCCGCCAGGACCGACGGAAGAUCCGCCGACCAGCAGGGAGGCCCGUCCUGUGCAGGCGCCGCCGACCAGCAGGGAGGCCCGUCCUGUGCAGGCGCCGCCGACCAGCAGGGAGGCCCGUCCUGUGCAGGCGCCGCCGACCAGCAGGGAGGCCCGUCCUGUGCAGGCGCCGCCGACCAGCAGGGAGGCCCGUCCUGUGCAGGCGCCGCCGACCAGCAGGGAGGCCCGUCCUGUGCAGGAGGCCCGUCCUGUGCAGGCGCCGCCGACCAGCAGGGAGGCCCGUCCUGUGCAGGCGCCGCCGACCAGCAGGGAGGCCCGUCCUGUGCAGGCGCCGCCGACCAGCUGGGAGGCCCGUCCUGUGCAGGCGCCGCCGACCAGCUGGGAGGCCCGUCCUGUGCAGGCGCCGCCGACCAGCUGGGAGGCCCGUCCUGUGCAGGCGCCGCCGACCAGCUGGGAGGCCCGUCCUGUGCAGGCGCCGCCGACCAGCUGGGAGGCCCGUCCUGUGCAGGCGCCGCCGACCAGCUGGGAGGCCCGUCCUGUGCAGGCGCCGCCGACCAGCUGGGAGGCCCGUCCUGUGCAGGCGCCGCCGACCAGCAUCCUGUCCUGCUGCCAGCUGACACCACUGAUACCGGAGGACACCGCCUGAGGACUGCGAGCCGCAGAAUCGUCACAGGAGGAACCCCAAAAACAUUGCAAGAAAGCGGAGACUCCUCAUGGGAAGGAGGAUAUGACGGCUCUGUGUCUACCAGUAGGCAGCUCCCCAAUACACAGGAAAACCAGGACAUCGACAGCUCAGAAGACAUGCAAAUUUUUGAAAUCGCCAACAUGGAGUUUGAGGUGGAAGAUGAGGAUUCUGGAUGUAAUGUGAUGGUUCCGCUCAUCAGCCUGGAUAACCCUGUGAUUAGUGAGGUGACUGCUGCUCCAGACGCGACCUCCAGCCCCCACACGUCUGAUGAGGGUCUCCAGGACGCCAUAGCUGACAUGAUGAAGGAGUUUAAGCUAGACGUCUGCCAGGUCACUCAGGCGCUUCUCAAGAAUAACGGGGAGGUUGGCAGCACCCGGGUCUUUCUGCGCACUGGCCUGCGGCCUGAUGGCUUUCCUAUCUGGGAGUGUAAAGACGAUGUAGAAUUACAGAGGAAUGACCCCGCGGUGUGGCCCCGGCUGGCCCGGAAAUAUGGCUCUGACAACGUUGCUAAGAGAGUGGCCUUCUUGGCCAGUUAUAAGUCGUCCUUCGUCCCUCAGCAGCGUCUAUGAUGCCUCAGGACCACUUUCCCUGCAACAAAUCCUCCGCUGUAAAUAUAACAGGGCUUGUAUCUGCAUCUGGGAAAGCUGAGCGACACUUAGAAGAGCAGAUUUUGUCGUCCUCUACAAGACCUCCGGGGUUUGCUAUGUACUGGGUGUCAGCCAUGGACAGAAUGUGGAAGGAAGGAAACCCUCCAUUGCCUCUGUCUGGGGAAGGUGGACGGCUGCAGCUUCUCUGUGUGCACAGCGUCCAAUGUUCUAUUCUGAGGGGGUUUUCAUUGUAUAAAGGUAUAAGAUAUUUUAA